AUGCAGUUCCUGCUCGCGGACUACGUGUCGCCGCUCCUGCGCGCGUGCCCGGGCCUGCGGCGCCUCGCGUUCCACCUCUCCUUCGCGGCGCUCCCCGCUCCGGGGCCCGCGCUCGCGGCGCUGGAGCAGGUGAGCGUGCAUAUCAUGCCGAAUGAGUUCUCGCUGGAUGCGUACCAUGAGCUGGGUGUCGUGCCCGCGACGGUGCUGCGCUUCGCGGAGUGGUGCGCGCGCUUGCAGACGCUGGAGUGCGUGAGGCUGUACGGGAACUGGGGGAAGGUGUUGACGGAUCCUCAUGCAGAGCUCGUGCAGGCGAGACGGGUCAUGGGAUGCUGCAGGUGCAGGUUUGAGCUCCAAGACGGGCAUCGAGUCGAUUUCGCCGGUCUUGUCUGA